CCGGUGUCACCAAGGCUCUCGAACAUUACAGUAGCUUCGCGUUCAUUCUGCUGUGUGUGUAUUUAAGCGCGUGUCCUGCUGCUGGCGCUCUUUCAGUCAUGACAUUACAGAACAUAUCUACAUUAACGUUCAUGUAAACAUAAACUCUGAACGUGUGCUGGACGCGUCCACAGGAGCGUUAUAUUGCCUAUCAACAGGUGUGUGUGUGUGUUUGUGAAGCGGUUGGACCUGUAGGUCUUCACCUGUGGAAGAGAGCGGCCAUACGGGCCCGUCGUCAUGCUGUGCUGGGGAAAUGCCUCGUACGGGCAGCUGGGUUUGGGUGGGAUUGAUGAGGAGAUAGUGCUGGAGCCAAGGAAAUGCGAGUUCUUCGAGGGCAAGCGUGUACGGGGUGUGGGAUGUGGCAGACGUCAUAGCGUCUUUCUUCUGGAGGACGGAGCGGUGUACACCUGCGGCUGCAAUGACCUGGGACAGCUGGGGCAUGACAAAGCACGCAAGAAACCAGAACAGGUCGUGUCUCUGGAUGCUCAGAACAUUGUGGCCGUAUCUUGCGGUGAAGCUCAUACUCUGGCUCUGAAUGAUAAAGGACAAGUGUUUGCAUGGGGUCUGGGCUCAGACGGGCAGCUCGGCCUUUCGAACUUUGAAGACUGUAUCCGUAUACCCAGAACUGUCAGGAGUUUGUCAGAGGUUCACAUUGCCCAGGUGGCCUGUGGAUUCUUCCAUUCCCUUGCUUUAGCCAGAGGAGGACAGCUAUUCUCCUGGGGCCAAAAUAAAUAUGGACAGCUGGGGCUCAGGAUGCAGGGAGCCAGCGUCUCCUCCCCACAAGUCAUUCAGUCUUUGCAGGGCGUCCCAUUUGCCCAGAUAUCUGCAGGGGGUGCUCACAGCUUCGGGCUCACGCUGUCUGGGGCCGUUUUUGGCUGGGGGCGAAACAAGUUCGGCCAGCUGGGCCUCAGUGAUAAUGAUGAUCGCUAUUUCCCUGCCUUGCUGAAGACUCUCAGGUCCCAACGGGUCGUUUACAUAUGCUGUGGAGAGGACCACACGGCUGUACUAACAAAGGAGGGAGGUGUGUUUACAUUUGGAGCUGGUGGUUAUGGUCAGCUGGGACACAACAUCACAAACCAUGAGGUGAAUCCCAGGAAGGUGUUUGAACUCAUGGGAAAUGUGGUUUCACAGAUAGCUUGUGGUAGGCAGCACACUUUGGCGUUCAUCCCUUCAUCGGGAAAGAUUGACUCAUUCGGUCUCGGCGGUAACGGACAGCUAGGAACCCGCUCCACCUGCAAUAGGAUAAGUCCUGCCCCUGUGAAGGGCUGCUGGCGAGCCCAUACUGAUCCUGUGCCGAUGGAAGUAGAUUUGACGGGGUUGUCUAUUUCAGAGGUGGAGCAGAAUUUCUGUGUGAAGAGGAUCUAUGCUGGAGGAGACCAGAGCUUCGCUCACUAUGCUUUACCUCAGGUAAAGGGUCAAGGAGCAGAGGUCAAGGGUCAAACUAAAGGCUGCCAGAGGCAUAUAUAUACAGACGACAGCCCUCCAGUUGAUCUGAGGAUAACCAGACCUGAUGGACAGAUAUACACGCUCAGUGAUGACCUCAUCCAAAAAUGGCUCAAUCACAGCCAUGGGAGACUCUCACCAGAAAUCACCAAUGAGAUUGAUCUUGUGUUCUCUUCAGCAAGUUGUCUCAAUGGAAGCUUUCUGUCUGGAAGUAAUCCAGAUCACUACAGCACUAACAGUAAGUGCUCGGGUGUAGACAUUAACACGGCUCGCCUGUUCUACCACAGACUCAUCCAGCCCGAUUACCCACAAAUCUCACAAAUUGUAGCUGCUUGUUUGGAGAAGAAUCUUCUCCCCAGAUUGAGCAGUUCUCCUCCAGACAUUGAGGCUCUGAGACUGUACCUCACGCUGCCCGAGUGUCCGCUCCUCAGCAACCCCAACAACUACACCACCCUCACUAUUCCCUUCGCCAAGGCCGUCGUAAGCCUAAAGGAUGCGCCCAUCAAAGUGCUUGGAAACUGGUGGUCAAAGUUUGAGUCAGCGGUCUUCCAGAGGUUGGUGGAGCUGUACAAGGAGGUGGUGGUGUAUCUACUGCGGAUGCAGAAACUGGGAAUUCCUCUUUCUGAGCAGAGGAUCUUCACCUGCUUCCUGCACACCUCACUCAAAUUCCUGGAGAUCCUCCACUCAGUUAAUGAGCGUGCUGGCCAGAUCAUCCAGUAUGACAAGUUUUAUAUUCAUGAGUUGGAUGAGCUCAUUGACAUCAGGAAUGAUUAUGUCACCUGGUUUCAGCAGCAGAUGUUCUCUGUGGUCAUGGACUCUCAGGUGACCAUGUGCAAAUACCCAUUUGUUUUUGACGCUCAGGCAAAGACGGCGCUGCUUCAGACUGAUGCUGUGAUCCAGAUGCAGAUGGCGGUGGAUCAGGCUCAGAGACAGAACUUACACUCUCUGUUCCUGUCCGGUGGAGGAGUGGAGUCAGUAAACCCCUGCCUCAUCCUCAUCGUACGCCGAGAAAAUGUGGUCGGGGACUCCAUGGAGGUGCUGAGGAAGUCCAAAAACGUUGAUUACAAGAAGCCACUUAAGGUGAUUGUCGUUGGAGAGGAGGCCGUAGACGCUGGCGGUGUGAGAAAAGAGUUCUUCCUGCUCAUCAUGAAAGAACUUUUGGACCCUAAAUAUGGGAUGUUCAGAUACUACGAGGAGUCCAGACUCAUCUGGUUCGCUCACAAGACAUUUGAAGACAUUGACUUGUUCCAUCUGAUCGGUGUGGUUUGUGGAUUGGCCAUCUAUAACCUCACUAUAGUGGAGCUGAACUUUCCACUAGCACUGUACAAGAAACUCCUGAAGAAAACUCCCACUCUAGAGGACCUGAAGGAGCUCAUGCCUGACGUAGAAAGGAGUCUUCAGCAGCUGCUGGAUUAUACGGAGGAUGAUCUGGAAGACACUUUCUGCCUGAAUUUCACAAUCACAGAAGAAAGUUUUGGCACCACGGAGGUAUUGGAGCUGGUUCCUAACGGGACAGACAUCAGCGUCAACAAGUCCAACAGGCAGGAGUUUGUCAAUGCCUACGUCGAUUAUAUAUUCAACACCUCCGUGGCUCCUCAGUUCAGCGCUUUCUAUGCGGGAUUUCACAAAGUGUGUGGGGGGAAAGUUCUAGAGCUUUUCCAGCCCAGUGAACUGCAGGCCAUGAUCAUUGGAAACACCAAUUAUGACUGGAAGGAGUUAGAGAAGAGCACAGAGUAUAAGGGCGAGUACUGGGCCGAUCACCCCACCAUCAAGGUAUUCUGGGAAGUGUUUCACGAGCUGCCUUUGGAGAAGAAGAAACAGUUCCUGUUGUUCCUCACGGGCAGCGACCGAAUCCCCAUCCUGGGCAUGAAGAGCCUGGCGUUAGUGAUCCAGCCCACCGGUGGCGGAGAGCAAUAUUUCCCUGUAGCGCACACAUGCUUCAACCUGCUGGAUCUGCCCAAGUACACAAAUAAGGAGACACUCCAAGAGAAACUGCUGCAUGCCAUCGAACACAACCAGGGCUUCAACCUCGUCUGACUUCAGCGAGCGCAAAACGAGCAAUCCGUGUACAGACUGUAUGUGACACACAGGUACCACACGCUUCAGCCCUAAGAAACGUUUGCAUAGUUCAUUGUGUGACUGCUGCCUUUGAGUUGUUUUCAGAAUUAGCAUAGAAAUGUUUAUUAUGCUUCUGAAUAAUCAUCAGUUACAAUUUGAAUAAAGACACUUAUCUUGCAAAUACAGUGUCAAAUAUGUAAACAGUAUUUGUGUAUCAGAGAUUUGUUACUUACUCAAAGUUUGGGUGAUAUUUGUGUGCUAGUGAGCAUUAAACGAUUCUCCUUUUUUUUUUCUCUCUCUCUUCUCUCUUUCGUUUUUUUGGAGUGGGAGAGAGGAAAUAGUUAACUCAAAUGUACUGUAAAUUGGCUGAAAAUGUACUUGCUCUCAGUUCAUCCAAGAUUAGGAAGAGUUUGUUUC